AGACUACGCCGGUAUUUCAGAUCUUGUAAUAUGAACUCCUAUAAGACGACUGGUCUAUUCUAUAUCUCGUCUGUGCUAUUACUAGGAUUCAUGCUGUAACGUUAGUUACCUAGUUUAAGCUCGUGCGUAUCGAAACGUCAGUAUUUCAACAUACUCGUAACAGUAAGAUAUCUCGUAAGAUCCUCAUGUCACGUAUACUGCGAGUGUUGAUUUGUGAUUAACCUCGGACACUGUGCGAAUCGUCCGUAAAAAUGGAUAAAAGAUUGGACCCAUCAAAGUCGGGGUAUCGCGACGAUGUCAGUAGCCACUCCAAGAAGAGCAAGAAACGAUCCAGCAAGAGGAAUAGUAUGUUCAACUCUUGGAUGAAUAGCGUUCAAAACAAUCAAAACAACGAUGUAGUACCUGGCAUGGAACAUCAGCAUGUAUUGUGGCAGUCUAACGUACAGCAGAACUUUCCAAGUAAUGGACAGCGUCUCUUUACAACAGCAUCCGAUCCUAGCAUGUGUGGUUACGCACAGAUGCCAAUGACCUAUGCCAUGGAACCCGUUUCACUGCCAGCCAUGUACAGAUUAUAUCAGCCAGUGCCAUUUUCUGGCAUCAGAACUAUACCCAACAGACCUAGGAGAAACCUCAAUCAAACUCACCCGAUGGAUAUAAGCAUGAAUUCUAUGGCAAAUGGUUUUACAAGCCUGCAAGAGAAUGGGAUGGCAUCUCCUAUACCUGUUAACUAUCAAAAUGGGGAUUAUGCAAGUCUGCCACCAACUGCUAACAGAAACAAUGGAAUCAAUGGGGAUGAAUUGAAUUCAGAGCAUCGGAGGUACUCUGAUCCUGGCCUUGGAUCAGCAGAAGCUCCUGCUCAGAGCGAAGAUCCUGAUAGUGUUGAUAGUGGAAGUUCUGUUACAACCAUUGGACGCAGUAAUAAGCUGGUUUUGUCUCUCAUUGAACAAAUGACAGAAUUGAAAAAGAGCAAUAGCCAAUUGUUCAAGGAAUUAAAUGAAACAAAGUCUGAGUUAGGUGGUAUGAAGGCAAAGCUGGCACAGUGUAAAUACAGUGGCUCAUCAGAUUACCAACCAGGAAUGUUAUCAGAUUUUAUCCGAGAAAUUAGGCAAGCUAACAAAACAUGCGAGGAAGGAUUAGUUUCGAAAGUGAAAGCUAUAGUGGAGGAGAAACUGAACCAAAGAUCACUGGAGGUGGCCAAUUUAAACAAUCAAAUUGUAAAAUUAAUGGAAGAGAAAGAAGAGAGUGAAAAACGUAUCACAAAAUUGGAAGAAGAAGUGGCCACUUUGAGACUGAAUGCAAACAACGAAGGCCGCGAGAUCGCAGCGUUCGAGGAAGAGACGCUGGCCCUGCGACGGGAGCUGCAGGAGGCGCGGGCGUCCAAGAGCCUGGCCGAGAAUCACGUGGCAAAGUGCGUAAACGCAAGAUCGGUCACCCCUGUCGCUACUUUCGACUCGCCAUACGUAACCAGCACCCCCGUGCGUACCGCUAUCUCCGACACCUGUAACCUUCUCCCUUCGACGUCCACCUCCUCCGGAUCAUCCUCGGUCCAUCAACACUUCGGCAUGCUGCGUUCGCGUACCGCCGAGUUGGCACACCAUCAUUUCGUCUCCGAGAAGCCGAGCGUUUAUCGUUCCGCUGAUUGUAGUCCGGCGACGUCAGCUACCUGGACGGUGGACGAGGAUAAUCGAGCUACCCAGUCACCCCCCGACGAUGCCACCUUCGAAGAGUCAUCUAGUCUGACCAAUUCGGACCUCCCCAUUGACAGUAAGAAGGAGGAUGAAACAGAAGCGGUGGAAGAAAAUGUUGAGGAGAAGGUGGCUGUGGAGGAAACCAAAGUUAAUAGCGAAGAAGGUGUGGAGUCUAAUAUAGAGUCUAGCUCUGGAACGUCCAAGAGGAGCACCAGGGGAUCGAGGAAGGACGACGAGACGAGACAGAGAGGGGGUUCGAAGAAGUCAAGGAAGAAGAAGAACGCAGGGGCGAAGAGGGCGUUCAGUGAGACGGAGAAGCCAGCUUGCUCGGAGACGUUGAACGAGAACGCGGCCAGAGACGGGCGUAGAACGGUGAGCGAGGACGAUGAUCGUCUCGAUAACGAGGACACGUGCCGAGCCAUCACCGAGAUCCCGGAAGUGACCGUUGUCGGUGGUGGCUCCUCCUUCGUGCCGAAAGAUCUCUGCUCGACGGGUAUCCUGACCUCCAGAGUCCUGACAGCACCCUCACGCGCUACCUACACCACCGCCUACAUUUAGGCUACGUACGCGCGGGGCCCCGCAACCAUACGCGUACCACUGGCGUGUGUCGCAAACGGGGGCUUCAAGGGCUUGCUAGAGGCUACUACUAUGUACAAUGUCGAAUAGCACGUAGGUCUAUCGUUCACUCUAUCCUCGAGUAGCCUUGUUCAUUUUUUAUUUUUUAUUUUUUCUAAUUGUGAAAGUGCUUGGAAAGAUUUAAGUUCUUCUUUGCCUUGGUUCCUGCUGACCGGCUGCUACGUUGUGCUGUAGCUUUACCUUGGCUAGGAGAGUGAUCAUAGUUGUUAUAGUAAUGAUAUAGUACCAUUGUGCAAAGAUGACAAGAUAGGAUGUCUAUAAUUCCAUUGGGAACACUCACAUUUAAACAAAGUGGGUCUUUAGAUCUUUAUUUUGUUCAGGUGCCAUUUUGUCAUCUCUGAACAGUAGUUAUUAUAAAUGCAGUGGACUCUCGUUAUAUUGCCACGCGAGCAAUUUGAACAAUAGUCUAUGAAAAUGAGUCUAUUUUUCUUUUUCCUUCCAAUUGGAAGUUUUGAAAUUUGACAAAUUUUCCACCCCUACCGCGGCAAUAUAACGAGAGUCUAUUAUAAUACAAUAUAGAAGUGUCCUUAACACCUUGCCUCAUGGUUCGGCACGUGCCAUUAGUUAACACCUUACCUACUGCUCGAGGAUAAAAUGGAUAAAUGAUAUCGCUUAAUUGCAGAAAAUUUAUUAAUCGUUUGUUAACCCUUCCAGUGCUGAAUAUUUUUAACAAAUAGACCCUGCGUGUAUGUAUAUUAAUUUGCACUUAAUUAAUUUUUAUUCCAUUUAGAUCUAAUUUAGUAAUUGCAUCAUGUCUGCAGUGCUUGAGCUUAAUUUAAUUCUUGCAGCACUUAAAGGGUUAACAGGUUGGUAAGGUGUUAAAAAGAAUUGCUUGUAUAUAGGAACGUUUUGUACGAAGCUUCUUUGGCUGAGAUUACGUGAGUUUUGAACAAUUAACAUAGAUAGGUAAUUAACAAGAAUUUAAUUGUGUUCUUGGUUUAUAAAAGAGAUAUCUGUUUGUUGUAUCAAAAACAGUAAUUUUUAUACUCAAUGACUUAAUAAAUGAAGAAGAAAUUGACAACAGUAAAAAUUGAAUCUCUUUAAAAAAAAAACAAAAACAAAUUCGUACCUUAAUAAUUUUAAGAUUGUGUUCUUCAAUUUUUACAACUGUAACAUUUAACGAUUGGUGAUUUGUAUAUAAAAAUACUCAUAUAUUUUUUUAUAUAGAAUUGUAUAAAUAUAAUUAAACAUUUCAAGUUACGAGUCUGUCAGCGUGAACCAAGUCUCGAAUGUUAUUUUCUUUGUCCCUUAGUCGCUGUCUCGUCAUUAUCUUACAUUUUGUAUAUUUUAAGAGUAACAAGUUCAGAGAAAAAAGAA